AAUCUUCAUCACUUAGUCGACCUCUCAGUGAAACCAUCUCUUUCUUGAGAACUUGGAGUGAAUUAUCUCGUCAUACUUAGGAGAAUAUGAAGUGGGAAAUUCAGAGACGAGCGAUAGGAAAUCCAGUGAUGUCCGCAUCAGUUUCAUAUCCCAACAGGAAGCUUUUGAAUUGCUAUUCUAGGAGAGACGAGGAUUCUGUCAAAUAUCAUAGAAAAGGUUCAGUGCUUCAGCGGAUGAACAAGCUCGGGAAGAAGGCUGACGUUUUUGCCAGUGGCAUUAGAGAGCAUGUUAGGCUUAGUCAGAGGAUUUUAGAGACAGUGAAGGGGAAACUGAGCUUGGGAGCCCACAUUUUUCAAAUGGGCGGGAUGGAGAAAGCAUUCAAGACUCUGUUCAAUGUCAGUGAGAAAGAGAGACUCCUAAAGGCCUCGCAGUGCUAUUUAUCAACCUCAGCAGGUCCGAUAGCCGGCCUCCUCUUCAUCUCAACCCAAAGUAUUGCAUUCUGCAGUGAGAGAUCCUUAAAGAUAUCUUCUCCCAAUGGCAAAUGUCUCAGACUCCAUUACAAGGUACUUAUUCCACUCACAAGAAUAGACAGCGCCAGCGAAAGCAAGAACAUGAAGAAGCCAUCACAAAAGUACUUGCAGAUCGUGACUGUGGACAAUUUUGAGUUCUGGUUCAUGGGUUUCUUGAAUUAUCAGAAGACUCUGAAACAUCUUCAGCAGGCCAUCUCUCAAGCACAAAUGAAGAAAUAAUACCUUCAAAUCUCACAUGACAAAGUGUACAUAUAAGAGAUCCUCUUCUUCUUUCUUUUUCGUCUCUUCUGAAGUCUUCUUUCAUGUAGCCUGAUCAACAUUUCAUUGAAUCAGAUGUGCAAAACUCCUGUGAGGCACUCGAAUAGCUGUUCAUAAUGUAUAAAAGAUUAUGUCAACAGGAAAAAGCCGAUGCUCAUUAAUCACUUCACAGUUCACAUAUUUUCUUACUA